AGACCCGAGACAGUGGGUCCAGCAUGGACAGCCACGACGGGGACACCGCGGGCGAUGGUGGAGCCGAGCAAGACCUGACCAGUCAGCCAUCCGAGAUCAAGGUCAGCUCCGAACCUCAGACCACGGCUGACCCUCCGGAGCCGGGACCGGAGCCAGGGCUGGAGUCGGGGCCGGAGCCGGAGCCGGAGCCGGAGCCGGAGCCGGAGCCGGGACCGGAGCCGGGACCGGAGCCGGGACCGGAGCCGGAGACCCGGCCGGUUGCGGACGGCCCCAAAGCAGAGGCUUCGGAGGGGAGCGAUGAUGCGCGUGUCGAGGUCCUGGAAAGUCUGGAGGCCGCUGAGGCUACAGGCGAGGCAGCAGAGGCCGCGAGCGAGGCCGUGUCCCAAGAGCCAGAGAGUCUGCCAGAGCCCCAUCCCGAGACUGAGCGGGAAUCCAAGGAGCUGGACGAGGACGAAGACGAAGACGAAGAAGACGACGAAGAUGAGGAGAGCGAGGACGAGGAACCCAGCCGGCCAGAGAAGCAGAAGGACAAGGUAAAGAGGGUGAAGAGCAAGGAGUCGCGGUUCCGGCCCUCACUGCCGCUGACCACGAUCGUCGAAGAAGCGGCUGCUCCAGCCCCACGGGCAGAGAAAGAGAAAUCGAAGGAGUCUGAGCAGAAGCGAGGUAGCGAGGAUUUCGAGACGAUAGGUCGAGAACGACGCAAGAAAAGCAAAGAAGAGCAUCUUUUCCCUGAAGAGGAGGAAGAAGAGGAAGAGGAAGAUAAGGAUAGGGACUACGACGACUUCGAGUGGUCUGCGGAUGUUCAGAAGCUGCAAGAGCAGCAGCUGCGUGGGGAGCUAGUGAACCAGUAUCACGCCCUGCUGGUGGAGCGGAACCGAUACCAGCGCUACAAUGUGUACCUACAGCAGAAGAUCUCUGAUACGCUACGCAAGAAGGGCCUGGAAGCAGCUGAACCUGCGGACAAGAGUGCGGAACCAGAUUCUCCGGAGAAAGAGCAAGCAUACUUGCGCUAUCUGGCCAUGCUGGAGGAACUGAAGAAACAAGAGGCGGACGACCUAGAGUGGUACCGCGAGGAGGUGCGUGAGCUGAAGCACCAGUGCCAGGAGAAGCAGGCCAGGGUGGAGAAAGAGUGGCGGCGCUUCCAGACCCUCAAGAAGCAGGUGGUGAUGCAGGUCAUGGGCAGCUGCCGCAUGCGCGGUGGGCGCCAGGCGGCUCUGAGAGAGGUGGAACAGAUUCAGGCGCUGGAGGAUAAAAAGGAGAAGGAGAUGAACGCCUUACGCCUCGAGAACGUGCAGCUGAGGCAGAGCCUGGUACACUUUGAAACCAGGAUGAAAGCCCAGGAGGACUUGGCUGAGGGACUGCUCCUCAUCGACUUUGAACAGCUCAAAAUUGAGAACCAGACCUUCAACGAGAAAGUCGAGGAACGAAACGAAGAACUUCAAAAACUGCGCACUAAAGUGACCAGCAACGUGCAGAUAAUAACCCACGUGAAGGAAAAGCUGUCUUUCAUAGACACGGAGAACUCCUGCAAAAAGGCACAACUUUUGGAAAUCGAGGCCCAGGUGGCCCUAGGAAGAGACCUGUUGACAAAGACAAAGCAAGCCCGAGACAGCCUGCGAAGUGACAACGUCAAACUGAAUCAGAAAUGUGGGCUUCUGGGUAAGGAAUCACUCCUCCGAGACUUAGAAGAAAAAGUGGAUAAGACAAAAUUUCUCAACAGGCGUCUGGAAUCCCUGAAGCGUCAUCAUGCGGGGCUCACCUUGUCCUGCAAAGGGGUGAAGCAAAAGAUCAGGGAAGCCAAAGCAUUCCUCCCCUCUUGACAGGACAGUUGGCAAAACCUCCAAAACUCUAGAAACUUUGUCCCCGACUCUCUUCUGCCUUCCCAUAGUCAUUCUAAGUGACUUGGGAUGCAACUUUAUUUUUGUCAUUGCCAGCUUCCAAAUUCCUGCUGAACACAUUGGGUUAAGUAAAAUAUAUCUACAGAGAGAAAGUGGGGUGAUUAAACCGACUAAUGAAGAAAAGCCUUUCUGGCCAAGCAGUCCCAUCGUCUAGAGGGGUGUUAAAACUGUUCCUUGUCCCCAUGUAAGAAUGGUUUAAGGGUUCAACCAGUGGCCAAGGUACAGAAAACCCCUGUGCACUGGUCUGAUCACUAUCAUCUUGAAUUAGCUCACAAAUUCCCUUCAUCUCUCCGGGUGGGUGUGUGGGCAUGUGGAGACAGCUCUUGCUCCUCACCUUGAUUUUUCUGAGACAGGGUCUCUUACUCAACCAGAAGCUUGCAUUUUCAGUUAGACUGCCUGGCUAGCACGAUGAUCCUGGGAUUUGCCCGUCUCUGUUCCCCAGCACUGGGGUUACAGGCAUGCAAGGCCAAGUCUGGCUUUUUUAUGUGGGUAUUGGGGAAUUUGAAUUCAGAUCCUUGUGCUUUCAAACAAGUACUCUUACCUUCUGAGCCAUAACCUAUCAUCAACAACCUGGCUGUUGUCAUUACACAACCCUCUUGCUUUAAAUGACACAAUUUGUUUGCUAAAGUAUAUUGGCUUUUUUUUUGUUUUUGUUUGUUUUUUUGUUGUUGUUUUUCGAGACAGGGUUUCUCUUGUGGUUUUGAAGCCUGUCUGGAACUAGCUCUUGUAGACCAGGCUGUCUCAAACUCACAGAGAUCCGCCUGCCUCUGCCUCCCAAGUGCUGGGAUUAAAGGCGUGCACCACCACCGCCCGGCCAGUAUAUUGGCUUUGAAGUCAAUAAAAUGUAAAAUCCUUUUUAUGACUUCCAUGGCUUGAACACACUUGACAUGAAACCAUUCAAAUGCAUUACUGACGAUAGUUCAAGAACUGAUUUCUUACACACACACAGUUGUUAUAGUUUUGGUUUUUCCUCUAUUCUGUCCAUCAAGGUCAUAAUGAAGCAGUUAGUUACUGCAACUGCAAUGUUUUCUUUGUGGCUCCAACAGCAGAGGGAGCCUGGAUUCUACAGUUGCAGAGGCCCCAAGUGAACCGAGCAGUGGCACUAGAAGUGACAGUUUGUCAUUGUAAUGAUGUCCUUUGGGGUUUUGAUUAAUUCAGCUGAUUUCUACCCAUCAGCUAACCAACUGAAUGCUCCCUCAUGAACCUUGAACAAGGUCAGCAGUGGGUCAUGCAAGGCACUAAAGUUAGCAUGCCUCUAAAUUGCAAAUAUGUUCUAACAAACAAUUAUCUAGUAAGUCACCAGUGGGUCCUCAAUCACAACACUCAUGCUGGGAUUACAACUAAUUACAAGACACCCUUCGUUUUUGAUUACCUCCCCAUGUGGUUCUAAUUAGAUUCAGCAUGAGUGCUUGAUCAUGAAAAUUUCAUCAAGUAGUUCAGGGCCUGAAAAAUUUUUAAGUUGAUAUGCAUGAGAAAUGUCCCCUUCAAUAUCAAAGGAGGGUCUUUAACUCAGCCACCUACUCAGGGACAGCCUAAGGUAUUGGUGACUUGAUACAAUUUUGGUGACUUGCUACAGUUAAGAUUCUUUAAUUAUAUAAGUAGAAAGAGGUUUGUGUAAGUUCAUCCACAGAUAAUAAUUUAGGGUUUAGCACUGGUAUGAGUUACCUGUGCAUAAAGUAUGUAUUAAAUCCAUGUAUUUAACCUCAGAAGGUUCCAGGGUGCAAGUGAUACAUGCCAUAAAAGGAAAGCAUCUUGGAGCACGAGAGCUGUGUAGUGACUGGUCCAGCUACCUUUCAAAUUAUCCUUAGUUUUACUUUAAUAAUCAAUGGCAAAAUAUGUGCAUAUUUUAAUAAAAUUGCACUAU